UUGCAUGGUGUUCCCUUUUGAAACACGUUAUACUGAUAUAUCAACAAAGCUACCUUCUUUUUUUAAUCACGAAUUUUUGGAUUAUAAAAACCUCGUUAAUCUUCUCUGCACAGAUCACUCUCUAAUUAGCUCCUUUACUUCCUAAGCUCUUAGCAUAAUUAAUUGAUAUCGAUGGCAAAGAACUCAGAGAGGUGUGCUGGCAUAAGGUGAUACUUUUCUCUGGUAUCCGGAGCCUGGCCGUGGUAGUGGGAACUUCUCUACUAGCGCGACUUGGAGAGCCCUUUAUCACAAUUCUUUAGAGGUGUGCUGGCAUAAGGUGGUGUGGUUCGCAGGUCGAGUACCUAAACAUGCCUUUAUUACAUGGAUUGCAGCUAGAGACAGAAUGGUUACAAGAGAUAAACUAAUUCGGUGGGGAUUGAGAGUUCCAGCGAACUGUGUCCUAUGCCCCUCUCAUGAGGAAUCUCGAAAUCACCUGUUUUUUUAUUGUACCUUCAGCAAUCAGGUUUGGACGUUUUUCACUUCUCGCUUACACCUCUCACCCCCACAGGGGUUCGAGGCAAUUCUGAGAUGGCUUAAUGCUCCCUCUAGAGAUCCUAGUAUUACGUUGAUCGUGAGACUUAUCUUCCAAGCCGUCUUAUACUUGGUCUGGAAAGAGAGAAAUAGUAGAGUUCAUGGAGGUGUGGAGAAACCUCAUAGUGCGAUUGUAGCUGAAGUCCAGCAGAUCAUCAGGUUCAGACUAGAUCCUUUGGCUCGUCGACAGGUACUAGCGUCAGGGCAGUCGUCAGUGCUUGCAGUUUGGUUCUCCUUCUUCGAUGGGUGAGGCUGGUUUUGUUACUCGAGGAGUGACUUGGUGGUAAGUUUGUUGGGUGGCUGUAGAGCUGCUCUUUUUUCUUAGCUUUAUGUUCGGUUUCUUUGUAAUAAGUUUUUUAAUUAAUAAAUGGAAAUUUAAAGUAAAAAAAAAAAAAAGAACUCAGAGAGUAGCAGCAAGAACCAGGAGACGAAGAAAGAAAGCAGAGUGUGUGAGAAGAUUUUCAGAGCAAUGACGAGUCCUGUUCGAACUGUUCGCCGCCUUUCCACCAAACCUUCACCGAAGCACAACCAAGCGGAGCCUGUCCGCGUCAAGUUCUCUGAGACGUCGACUCAGGCAGCCAAACCCAUUUCAAAGAUGGAGCCGCUGAUCACUCGAGUGGAGACGAAGCUGAAAACGGACGAGAGGUUCACUGAUUAUAUAAAGAAAGCCAAACUGAAGAUCAGGGCAGUGACGAAUCCGGGUGACAUGAUGAGGAACGAUGCGUCGAAGACAAGUGAAGCAGAGGCACGUGAUCAUCGUCGUCAGUGCCAUGUCCCUACCGCUAGUGUCUCGAGAGAGGGUAGCAGUGGAAGGUCAUCAGAUCAUUUCUCCGAGUACAUAAGGAAGGCGAAGAUGAAGCUCAGAUCUUCCACCGUCGCUCGUGCGAACCCAACUUACAAGGAUUGAUGAAUUCCCACUAAAUUAUUAUAUGAAUAAUCCAGCUUACGGUUAUGCUCUGAUGACAAACUAUAUGAAUUAUCGAUAACUAUUUUUAAAUAUUACUAAACUAAGUUUUUCUAAGAAAAGAAUAUUAAUCUCGGGCACCUGUUAAAUUCUA